AUGUAUUCUACAAUCCAGCGGCUUAAUACACUUUCAAGCCUAUGGAUCAAUGCACUUUUUUUUUUAUGUCUUUGGAUCACUGUAUCAACUUAUUUUGAUAAGAAAUAUGCAACUUCUAAUGUAAAUCUUAUUUCAGCUCAACGGAAAAUAGCUCGAAUAUCCUAUUCAUUUCGAAAUAUAAAGCAAGAAUAUGCCUUUGUAAGAUUUGAACUUGAUACAGAUAUUACACCAUUAUUUCAUUGGAAUACUAAACAGGUUUUUAUUUAUGUCGUAGCAUCAUAUGUUUCAUCAAAGAAUUAUCCAUAUAAUGAAAUUAUCUUAUGGACUCGUACAAUUCGUCGUAAAAAAGAUGCAAUAAUACAUAUACGGAACCAACAGAAUGUAUAUUCGUUUAAUGAUAUUGAAGGAAGUUUUAUGAAUAAGAAUUUAACACUUUCAAUGUAUUAUAAUAUAAUGCCGCAAGUAGGUAUUUUGAAAUGGGGGAAUGGCAGUCCAUCAGGCAGAUUACCUUUUUCCGUGUUAAAUGAAAUUUUAAUAUAA